AUGGGGAAUUCAUUUGGGUGCUCAGCUUCAGGGGAGAGAUUAGUUUCAGCAGCAAGAGAUGGAGAUUUGGUGGAAGCCAAGAUGUUAUUAGAUUGCAAUCCUUGUCUCGCUAAAUAUUCUACUUUUGGUGGCCUUAAUUCUCCUCUCCAUUUUGCUGCUGCUAAAGGCCACAACGAGAUUGUGGGGUUGUUGUUAGAGAAUGGAGCUGAUGUGAAUUCCCGGAAUUAUUGUGGCCAGACGGCAUUGAUGCAAGCUUGUAGGUAUGGACACUGGGAAGUUGUGCAGACCCUUUUGUUGUUUAGAUGCAAUGUUAUAAGGGCAGAUUAUCUUAGUGGAAGAACUGCUCUACAUUUUGCAGCGGUAAAUGGGCAUGCUAGAUGUAUAAGAUUAGUUGUUGCAGAUUUUGUUCCUAGUGCCCAUUUCGAUGCUAUGCAUGCUCAGAUAGAAGGUGAUACUGGGGAUGGUUCUAAUGUGAAGAAUAGAUUUGAUCAGAGUGCGCUGUCCAGGUUUGUAAAUAAGGCGGCCGAUGGUGGUAUCACUGCUCUUCAUAUGGCCGCAUUGAAUGGGUACUUUGAUUGUGUACAGCUUCUACUUGAUAUUCAUGCUAAUGUAUCAUCCGUGACAUUCCAUUAUGGGACAACAAUGGAUUUGAUAGGGGCAGGAAGCACCCCUUUGCAUUAUGCUGCUUGCGGGGGCAAUUUAAAAUGCUGUCAGAUCCUCCUUGCAAGAGGUGCCAGUCGGAUGACAUUAAAUUGCAACGGGUGGCUGCCUGUUGAUGUUGCCAGGAUGUGGGGGCGUCAUUGGCUUGAACCACUGUUGGCACCAAAUUCUGACUCUACGAUUCCUAGAUUUCCUCACUCUAACUACUUAUCCUUGCCUCUUCUGAGUGUACUUAACAUAGCAAGAGUGUCAAGGAUCAAAACUCGAGAAAGUUUCAACUUUGAUGUUUUGUUAGGCGUCCUGCUAUCAACUGGUGCUAUUACUACUUCUAGAGAGAGUGGACUGCAAUGCUCAACAAGCUCCUGUGAUGACCCUGAUAUCUGUGCUGUUUGCCUGGAGAGGGCAUGUAAUGUAGCCGCUGAAGUAUGCCAUUGGUUUCAUGUUAUUGAUGGGCAGUUCUCGUAUUCAGGGUGCGGGCAUGAGCUUUGUGUAAGAUGUGCACUCUAUCUUUGCUCGACAUGCAACAUCUCUUCUGAAAUGGUAGGCCCUACUGGCUCCAUCCCGUGUCCUCUUUGCAGGCAUGGCAUUAUCUCUUUUGUUAGAUUGCCUGGUUCCUCAGCAAAAGAAAUGAAGCUUCCUCUGUCUCUUGGCCUCUGUACUCCAUGCAUGCUUCAUCCUCGUGAUGUGGAUGGGCAAUCGCCAGCAUGUUUACCAGAGGUCCGAAAGAAUCGUGUGGCUUCAGUUUCUUCCGAUUUUCUCUGCCCGGUCACUUGCAGCCCAUUUCCUUCUGUUGCCAUGCCUUUGUGUACCUGCAAUGAUGGGCCAUGCCCGUCGUUUGAACCCCAAGAGGUAGAUUCACAAGAUGAAUCCUCUCACCGUUCACAAACACCUGUAGAGCAGGAUAAAAUGGAAGGACCAAAGCUUGAGAAAACAAGCUGUUCAAGUAUGUUUUGGGGAAGGAGGAGCUGCAGCAGAGAGCAUCAGUGCAACUCGGAAAUAAAUGCAUGA